AUGAUGGUGGAAACCAAGGUCGGUGUUGGUGGAAAAGGACUGCAAACAAUUAGGGCAAAUGGCAGGGAGCAGCACUCAACCUGCACCGGUUGGCUGACUGGAUGGCUCAUCAGCUGGCACAGGCGCUCCAAUGGGAGGCCUGGUACCACGUUUGUUCCAGCUGGUGCUACAACAAGAAGCAAAGGAAGAGGGGGUGGUAACCCUCAAGCCCUAAAAGACACCCUGCUCUCUGCAAAGCCAAUCACCACUUGGCUUGCCUUAGCAAACCCUGCGGCGGCUGACUCAGCACCCGACUCUCGCCUCGGGAAGGCAAUGGACUCUGAUGCCUCCGGCCUCUCUGUGGGAGGCAAGGAGCAGGGAGGCAAGGAGCAGGGAGGCAAGGAGCAGGGAGGCAAGGAGCAGGGAGGCAAGGAGCAGGGAGGCAAGGAGCAGGGAGGCAAGGAGCAGGGAGGCAAGGAGCAGGGAGGCAAGGAGCAGGGAGGCAAGGAGCAGGGAGGCAAGGAGCAGGGAGGCAAGGAGCAGGGAGGCAAGGAGCAGGGAGGCAAGGAGCAGGGAGGCAAGGAGCAGGGAGGCAAGGAGCAGGGAGGCAAGGAGCAGGGAGGCAAGGAGCAGGGAGGCAAGGAGCAGGGAGGCAAGGAGCAGGGAGGCAAGGAGCAGGGAGGCAAGGAGCAGGGAGGCAAGGAGCAGGGAGGCAAGGAGCAGGGAGGCAAGGAGCAGGGAGGCAAGGAGCAGGGAGGCAAGGAGCAGGGAGGCAAGGAGCAGGGAGGCAAGGAGCAGGGAGGCAAGGAGCAGGGAGGCAAGGAGCAGGGAGGCAAGGAGCAGGGAGGCAAGGAGCAGGGAGGCAAGGAGCAGGGAGGCAAGGAGCAGGGAGGCAAGGAGCAGGGAGGCAAGGAGCAGGGAGGCAAGGAGCAGGGAGGCAAGGAGCAGGGAGGCAAGGAGCAGGGAGGCAAGGAGCAGGGAGGCAAGGAGCAGGGAGGCAAGGAGCAGGGAGGCAAGGAGCAGGGAGGCAAGGAGCAGGGAGGCAAGGAGCAGGGAGGCAAGGAGCAGGGAGGCAAGGAGCAGGGAGGCAAGGAGCAGGGAGGCAAGGAGCAGGGAGGCAAGGAGCAGGGAGGCAAGGAGCAGGGAGGCAAGGAGCAGGGAGGCAAGGAGCAGGGAGGCAAGGAGCAGGGAGGCAAGGAGCAGGGAGGCAAGGAGCAGGGAGGCAAGGAGCAGGGAGGCAAGGAGCAGGGAGGCAAGGAGCAGGGAGGCAAGGAGCAGGGAGGCAAGGAGCAGGGAGGCAAGGAGCAGGGAGGCAAGGAGCAGGGAGGCAAGGAGCAGGGAGGCAAGGAGCAGGGAGGCAAGGAGCAGGGAGGCAAGGAGCAGGGAGGCAAGGAGCAGGGAGGCAAGGAGCAGGGAGGCAAGGAGCAGGGAGGCAAGGAGCAGGGAGGCAAGGAGCAGGGAGGCAAGGAGCAGGGAGGCAAGGAGCAGGGAGGCAAGGAGCAGGGAGGCAAGGAGCAGGGAGGCAAGGAGCAGGGAGGCAAGGAGCAGGGAGGCAAGGAGCAGGGAGGCAAGGAGCAGGGAGGCAAGGAGCAGGGAGGCAAGGAGCAGGGAGGCAAGGAGCAGGGAGGCAAGGAGCAGGGAGGCAAGGAGCAGGGAGGCAAGGAGCAGGGAGGCAAGGAGCAGGGAGGCAAGGAGCAGGGAGGCAAGGAGCAGGGAGGCAAGGAGCAGGGAGGCAAGGAGCAGGGAGGCAAGGAGCAGGGAGGCAAGGAGCAGGGAGGCAAGGAGCAGGGAGGGUCGCACCAAAAUGUGAAUGAAGAGGAAGAGACCUCACUUUCGAGGAAACCUGUCGUUCGCACGCCGCAGCCAGGACCUCGCAACCUGCCUGUCAUGGCCGGGCCACCUGGCUGGGAAUCUCCGAGUCGAUAUAAUAUAGCGGCCAGGCUGGGGGCCUCAUCUGACGCGCGGGCUUCUCAGCGUAGCGCCGCUUCUUGA